AUGAUCUAUUUUGAAGGGGUGAACGCUGACCAGGUGAGUGAUGUUCUGGACGACCUCAAGGGCAUUGAUGUCUGCUACGAGGUUGGCCAGGUCAUGCAUGAUGGCUUCACCAAGACCAUGGCUGUUGUUCUCUCAGCCACUGAGACAGAUCAAGUAACCCAAGCCUGCCAGCUCAUUGAGCAGUGCUACAACAGUCCUGGCAAGUUCCACCCAGAGUGCACCUACAAUGAGAAGGAGGUUGAGAAGGAAGUCCUCUCCACCCUAAUUGACAAGGGAGGGGCCAUGAUCAACUUCAACGACUACUACUUCCAACUGUGGUGUGACUUCAGCCUCAAGCUGAUCAUUGUCAACAUCAAGCUGGUCCUGCCGCAGGUGAAGCCAAGAGAGCUGAAGGAGCUGAUUUGUAAGCUCUGUGAAGUAGAGCUGGUCAACAUUGAGUUCAUCUGCUGCAACAACACCUACCAGGGAUUUGUCAAGGGCACUGUGGCCAGCAAGCAGGACCUCCUCACCAUCCUUGAGCAUGACAACGUUGAACUCUUCAUUGGGUGCCCCAAGGUUCACUUCCACAGGAAGAUGUCCCAGGAGGAGUUCAAAAAGGUAGUGCUACCCCUGCGUGAAAAGUCCCAAGCCAAUGCUGCCAACUUCAGGGCCAACAAGGUGGUGCAAGAUGCUGCCAGAAAGAUUGAGCAAGCUAAGCAGGCCAGGGAUAUCAAGCAGCAGGAGGCCAGGGCCAGAGAGGUGGCCACAGCCAUGCAGCACAGGAUCCAGGAGCGCAUGGCAUGUGCAGCCCUCCAUUGUCAGGACCCCUAG